AUGGACACGACAGAUUGUGUGUUGUAUCAAAGGCGAACUUUUCCAUUAUCCCCCAUCAUCAGUAUCUCUUCUUUUUAUCGCCCCUCUUACUAUACCUGCUACAGAACUAUGAAUCAACGAGUAAUUGCAGAUCCAAAUGUUUGUGAAGCAGGCGGCAUAGCCAAGCUCGGUACCCUCCCAGAAGUAACCCAGGCGUCAAAAGGAGCAGCGUGGCCUUGGCCCUGCUGGAAGGUUGAGCAGAGUCGGUCACCUCAGUCUCUUCAGAUACAGAUGAAGUGCAUCAGGGGUCUCAAGAACAAGGUGCCCCAAGGCUCCUACCUCCUCAAAGUGUCCCUGCUUGGCCAACCAGGCGGCCGUGUCUUGCAAUGGUACCCAGCGGAGCAGCUGAAGACCAGAACACACCCAGUGAGGCAUGGUGGAAACUUUUAUGAUGUGGGAUUGUUUUUCCAUGAAAGCCUUUAUGUGGUACUCCCGCCUAAGAAGGAUGUGGAACUUGGCAUGGCAUUCUUGUUUGAACUCUUUCUCCUUCGUGGGAAAUAUACUUAUCUCCACCAGGUUGUGGGCUGGGCAACCUUCCCUUUGUAUGAUAGCAGUAUGGAUGUGGUGGAAGGAAAAUUCAAGUGUCCACUUCUCCGAGGACAUUAUGAUCAGAAAGUCGACAGCUUCAAGAAAACUGAAGAUCUGAUUUGCUUGGACCUGGACCACUGGCUGUGCAAUCUCUAUUUUCAGGUAAUUAAACUUCCUCUACAUUUGAAUGAUCAAAAAAACCACAAAAGGCAUAUUCAGCUUCCCCCUGAGUUUCCAGAUUGUUUAAUGGCUGAAGCAGAAUCAAGUGUGGAUAAUACAGAGAAAAAGAGUUGUUCCUCAAGGAGUGAUGAAGCGAAAUCUUUCUCACACUCAUCUCAAGCCCUAGGAAGCAUUUCUAAUAAAAUUAGUCCCUGCCCUACGGACUGUGAUCUCAGUCUCUCGAAAGAAGACCAUGAAUUACACAAUAAGUUUUUAGAUGAUAUAACAACACUGGUGGAACUGAACGUGAUGUCAUAUGCGUUUGCUUUGAUACUUCAGAGGCACCUGGUGUUUGGUGGUGUUAUUGUUGAUGUGCAGUCCUGUGACCCUGAAAAACCAACUGCUUGGAAAACUGGAGAAACUGAAGACUAUUCACAAGAUACAUCUUAUUUGGAGGAGCUGGAAAAACACAAAUUUUCAGUUUGCCGUUCCUCAGCUGCUGCUGACGCUGCAUCUGGAGAAUUCUUCAAGCAUCUCCGUUUUCUGCUGCUGUCAGUGUUUUCCGAACUUGAGUUCGCUCAAUGGCAAAGCCAGGGCUUCUGGUACAUCAUCCUGCUGAUGGCUUCUCUCUGGUUCCUGAGGCUCUACCUGCAUUAUCUCAGCCAGUGGUUUUUCCUCCAGGCCAUUUCAACUCCUGUUACAAAAUUCCAUUUUUCCCCCCUCACAGUGGAGCUCUGCUACCCAACCUCAUCCCUUCACAUCGCAGAAGAGAUGCUUGUGGUUGUGGGGGGGCCUUUCAUGCUGAACGCAGUGGUACUUUCCUUGGUCCUGGUCAGAUGGGGCUGUCAGCUACUGUUUGCCUUCUGCCCUGAUGUCCUGUCAAAGUUAAUCAUCACCAUGGCACUAUGGGCAGUUCUGGACCCACUGGCAGUAUUUAUUGUGGAUAUUGUCCUGGGGCGACUCACGCAGAGUGGGGAGACUCCGGUAGCUGAUGCAGCGAAACUGUACUGGAUGUUUGAAAGAACCAUGCAAUCCGGAAUUCUUGGUGUGAUGCUCACGGUGCUACUUUAUGUCCUACUGUUCAUCAUUUCGUCUUUGAUUUUAUAUGUGUAUUGUCUCAGGUAA